AUGACUCAGCGUCACGUCGGAUCAUUAGUGGCUGACAUCCAUCGCACACUUUUCUACGGAGGAAUAGUUCUCUAUCCACCCACGAAUGAUGCCCCGGACGGAGAGGACAAAAUCGUUGUUUCACCUUUCGCGGCAGUCAGUUCGAGUAUCAGGUGCGAGCAGAAUGCUGCUAUGUCUUGA